AUGGUACUAAUCCUUAUCGCCUUGUGCUUCCAGUUGUCUAUCUGUACAUACGUCUUCUCCCUCGGUAUAGGGAUAGCAGCAUGGGUGUGGUUGGACGAGGCACAGGGCUACCAGACUCUCACUGAGCUCAAUUGGUAUCUCCUAAUUCCAGUGCUUCUACUCUUUGCAGGAUUAAUAUCCUGUCCAGUGAUCACUAUCGUCUUAAUAUCGUGGCUAGCACCGACCUUGCAUAUUUGGACAUGUGGUAAGGACGGUUGUAACACGAGUAACCAAGUACAUGCCCAACAGGCUGUCAACUCCGUCACUGGGGCCCUUUUCAUUGGUUCUGUCUGCUACUCCUUCUUCCAUUUCCUGGCCGAUGUCAUGUUAUCCUGUAUCGACACUAUAUUCUUUUGCUUCGCUAUCGAAGCUGAUGCGGAUGUCUACCAAGGCCGGUUCGAGCACUCAGUUUACAUGGUUCUUAAAGACGAUAUGAAGGAUGGUCGCGAGGUCCCUAUGUAUAAGACAGAUGCUCGUCCUUUAGAGGAGUAUGAUGAGAACGGCGACAUGAGGAGUUGGUCGGUAUCGUUUAGUAACCCUAAGAACCAGGCGACCUUCCGUAAGAAGUAUGUGUGGACUCUUAUGGUUAUCGAUCCUGCAGGGGUGGAGUACUCUAGCCGAAAGUCCUAUGGGGACUGCAAGCUGCUCCGACGAGAGCUGGCCCGGUCAUUCCCGGCAGCCUUCCUCCCUCCGCUGGCUGAUAAGACCACCUAUUGCGCCAUGGGAAAGACCAAGGCCGACUCUGAAUCUAUGGUGCUCUCGAAAUUCAUCCAGCGCUGCACGCAACGGUCGAAUAUCGGCCGCUCCCAAGUGUUCCUCACUUUCCUACGACAUGAUGGUCAUCAGUGGGAGCAGGCCGCGAAGAAGGAGUUCGCCACGAGAGGCGUUACACAGCUCUGUCGGCAGUAUCGGGACUCCUUCCCUGAUCGUGAACUGCCAGAGUUCGAUCCUGAGAGGGAUAUCGCGAGGAAUGAGGGGGUGGAGGAUCGACUGGGGGCGGCAAGGGCAUUCUUGAAAGAGCAUUCUGCCGCUCUUAAGAAGCUCCUACGCAAUAUGGAGCGUGCGGAUGCCAAACUGAAGGCUGCAACCAAGGCUCUCGCUGAUGCUGCUUCGGAGUCCGAGGAAAUAAAGGAUAACCAGGGCAGACGAGUUGAUUUACUCACGACACCAGUCGGUGCUGGAGUCGUGAACAGGCAUCCGGAUACCUUUAACCGUGUGGGUCUAUCGGCCGCUUUGAUGGGCUGCAAAGGGGAGCCUGGUCUUUUGGGUGCCGACACUCAUCUGGGUAUGCUUAUUCAAGGCGUCCAGGAUGAGCUAGCAGACUGUCGAGCGAUGGAAGCUUCUCUGGUCCAGAUAGAAGAUCUACGGCGUACGGCGCGGAAACUAGAGGGCAAGUUGAAUUCUCAAAAGGGCAAGACGAAUACGAAACUGCCAGUGGAAGCACUCCAGUUGGAGGCUGCUAGCGCCCUGGACUUCGAGUGGAUCGCUAAAUGCAACGCUGCAGUGUAUGAGGUCCCCGAGUUCAUACAGAGAAAGGUACUAUUACCCGGGACCAGAUGUCGGCUGAGGAUCCUCUCCAGCAGCAGCUCUCGUGGGUGAUGGUGUUUAUCUUGAUCUGUAAUUGAAGUUUUACUUUUUUAAUUCUAGCAGCAUAGACGUCGUCCUAGUUGGUUAUUGAACACUCUGUAAUGUGUUACAUUUUCAUAAGACUGCUAUGGAGCUGGGCUAUCAGUGACGAUCC